AGGAGACGCUCUAUCUGCCUUCUCCAUUCAAUGUCUAUGGUAUUACAGCCGUGCUUCCGGGAGAUACCAAGAUUGGGGGCGGGGGGAGCCGGAUGCACCAAGCUGCGAUACGCUGAAUGCCCCUCUCCAAGUCCAGGGAUCGGGAAGACGCGGAGUCAGAUCGGUGACGUCAAGGAUAGAGCUGUGACGUCAGAGCCUCGCCUGUCAAGAUGGCGGAGAAUAUCUUUGUGUUCGUCCCCAACCUGAUCGGUGAGAGGGGGCGGCCAUGUUAGAGUGCGAGCUCUGUGGGCUCAGAUAAUCCCCAACACCAUCACCACUGCAUCCCAAACACCAUCACCACUGCAUCCCCAACACCAUCACCACUGCAUGCCCAACACCAUCACCACUGCAUGCCCAAACACCAUCACCACUGCAUGCCCAACACCAUCACCACUGCAUGCCCAAACACCAUCACUACUGCAUGUCCAACACCAUCACCACUGCAUGCCCAACACCAUCACCACUGCAUCCCAAACACCAUCACCACUGCAUGCCCAAACACCAUCACCACUGCAUGCCCAAACACCAUCACUACUGCAUGCCCAAACACCAUCACUACUGCAUGUCCAACACCAUCACCACUGCAUCCCAAACACCAUCACCACUGCAUCCCAAACACCAUCACCACUGCAUCCCAACACCAUCACCACUGCAUCCCCAAACACCAUCACCACUGCAUGCCCCAAACACCAUCACCACUGCAUGCCCCAAACACCAUCACCACUGUAUCCCCACCAUCACCACUGCAUGCCCCAAACACCAUCACCACUGCAUGCCCAACACCGUCACCACUGCAUCCCCAACACCGUCACCACUGCAGCCCAAACACCGUCACCACUGCAUCCCCAACACCGUCACCACUGCAUCCCCAAACACCGUCACCACUGCAUCCCCAACACCGUCACCACUGCAUCCCCAAACACCGUCACCACUGCAUCCCCAACACCAUCACCACUGCAUGCCCAAACACCAUCACUACUGCAUGUCCAACACCAUCACCACUGCAUCCCCAACACCAUCACCACUGCAUGCCCAAACACCAUCACCACUGCAUCCCAAACACCAUCACCACUGAAUGCCCAAACACCAUCACCACUGCAUCCCAAACACCAUCACCACUGCAUCCCAAACACCAUCACCACUGCAGCCUCAAACACCAUCACCACCGCAGUCCCAAACACCAUCACCACUGCAGGUCAGCCCUGUCCUCAGUCUGCAUGUCUCUGUGUAUUGAAAUAACACUCCAAGCACCAUCAUCACUGCAGGAUUAUGUAGUGAUUAUGGUGCGCCCCAUUGUAAGUAGUCAGAUCAUUUUUACUUAUUACCCGCUGUCUGCCAGGCGCCGCUCCCCAUCUCCACUACAUCAGUCACAGAGGAUACUCGGACACUUCAGCCUGCGAGCUAGCCCUGCAACGCAGAGCUCCUGUCAAUCAUUUCUGGCUGAGGUAGUGGAGGCUGGCAGCAAUGUCAAGCAGACCCAAGGUAAAACGUUGAACUGUUCUAAACCAGUUUGGUUUAUUAUUAUAUAUGGGGAGAGUGUGGCACCAUAACCACUACAGUGUGCUGAAGUGAUUAUGGUGCUUGGAGUGAUCCUUGUUGAUUACAUUUUUGUUUUUUAUUGUGUAAUUUUCUUGGCUCCUAAAGCAGCUUGUGGUAACAGUGGGAUGUGGAAUUACUGUAUAUCUCAUAAAGGGUUUUAUUGCCCCAGCCACAUUAGGGCUCAUUCAUUAAAACGGAAUAUUAAAAUCAAAAUGGCCAGGAUUCCCAGCCUGCUCUCUGACUCGGUGAGUGCCAGACUGCAGCGAAGUAAUUUCUGUGGUCUGCACCUGCCAGAGGUACACCCCACACGCUACUAAACCAGACAACCAGGGACCAUAGCCACUCGUACUGCGUAAAGCUAAAUAGAAGACUCACACAAAAACAUCACACACGUAGUGAUAGCAUACAUCAUGCAGCCAACGCACAACACACACACACACACAUAUACACAUACAUCACACAGCCAGUACGCAACAUACACAUACAUCACACAGCCAGUACGCAACACACACAUACAUCACACAGCCAGUAUGCAACACACACAUACAUCACACAGCCAGUAUGCAACACACACAUACAUCACACAGCCAGUAUGCAACACACAAGGCAUGUGCUUAUUGUACACAAUGGACAUUUCGUAUCAGAACUCAUUUUAUCCUAGCAGUGCGCCUUUAUAAUUGUAUUUUGUUAAUUCUGACCUGCAGUGUUUCCAUCUCUUAAAUAGACAGGACAAUUGCCAGGAAUUCAAUGUGAAGUUUAAAAUUUAUGCCAAAAUAGCUGAAUUAGAAAAAUUCUCCAAGUUAAUUCUGUUUGUUUGUUUUUCUUUAAUUUAGUUCUCACUGAAUUCCUGUCAGUUCUCCGUUCACUGAAUAACUCUGUCUGUUUAUAUCCUUCACCUCUCUUGGAUUUUCUAACUGUUUUUUUUACAUUUGUUUUUGUUCUGUCUGGUUUUACCCCAGGUUAUGCGCGGAUCCUUUUCGCAUUCAUCGCUUUUUAUUUCAUGCCCGAUUCCCCUCUCGUGGCCUCUACAUUUUACCUUCUCAGUGGCUUGCUGGAUGCUUUCGAUGGAUAUGCUGCCCGAGCCCUUAACCAGGGUAAGAAAAAACCUGAAACAUGUAAAACAAGAUGGCUGCCUUGUAGAAUAGUAGUUUGCUUGUACCAAUGACAGGCUGUCACAAAGCCAUUGGAACAGUGAGAGAGAGUCGUGGCAGAUUUGAGAGAGGGGAUGGGAGUGAGAUUAACAUUACUAGUCAGAUUGAGAAUGAAUGAAGUAUAAACGCUACCGGAUCGCUGGUGUCUUUACAAACAUAGUCCAGAAAUGGUACCCAUUCCUGACCCAGAACAAAGACGAGAGUUCUAGUCUCUUCACUUGCCCUCCUGCAGGUACCAAGUUCGGAGCGAUGUUGGACAUGCUGACUGAUCGCUGUGCCACCAUGUGUCUGCUGGUUAACCUGUCCCUCCUGUAUCCAUCGUACACUGUACUAUUCCAGCUCAGUAUGAGCCUGGACAUUUCCAGCCACUGGCUGCAUCUUCACAGGUACCCCAGUGCCACCAACCAAGCGUGUCUGUCGCAUUCUCUGAUUAGAAUGUCAUGUGGAGCAUUGUGUUCUUUAUAAUGAUCAGCUUUCCCUUUUAUCCCACCAGCUCCAUCCUAAAAGGCAGUGACAGUCACAAGACCAUCGACCUGUCCGGAAACCAUAUUCUUCGUCUGUAUUACACCUCCAGGGUGAGUAUCCUGCAUAUUUCUAUUUCUCUAACAUCUUGUCGUGUAUUCCAAUCUUUUUUUUCUUUUUCACUCAGCCUGUCCUGUUCCUGAUGUGCGCUGGCAAUGAGCUGUUUUACUGUAUGCUGUACUUACUGCAUUUUACCGAGGGACCCGCAGGUUAGUAUGAGAUAUGGGGUGAUUAUUCUAAUGAACUAAGAGCAAGAUCUUCAGCCACUGCAGAACUGUAACUCUGCUACCCCUGGUCUGCAGAGAGAGGACGAUUGUACAGCUCUUUGAAACAUUUAUUUUCCAUAAACUGAUAUGAAAAGUCCAGUAAUGACACAGCGUGGGAGAACAAUUGUAUAACAAUGCUGCAGAGGAUCAUGAGAAAAUAAAGCUUUUAUUAAUGCCGCAGGGGAUGGUGGGGGGAGUAUAUUAAUGCAAUGCUGCAGAGGAUCAUGGGAGAACAAUGUUAUUGCAAUGCUGCAGAGGAUCAUGGGAGAACAAUGUUAUUGCAAUGCUGCAGAGGAUCGUGGGAGAACAAUGUUAUUGCAAUGCUGCAGAUGAUCGUGGGAGAACAAUGUUAUUGCAAUGCUGCAGAGGAUCGUGGGAGAACAAUGUUAUUGCAAUGCUGCAGAGGAUCAUAAUAAAAUAAAUCCUAUAACAAUGCUGCAGGGGAUGUUAGAUCAGCAUGGCUGGAUUGUAACCAAAUCUACACAACACCUUAGUGACAAACCGUAAAACUGUGAAAUUGCCUGUUUUAGGGAGAAAUUGCUUUGUUGAAGAAUUUUAGAAAUUCGGCUAUUUUGGGCCAAAAUGGUCCAUUCUCUGUAGUUUUUGGCUUAGUGUAUAAACCUUUGUCUCUUUCUUCAUUUUUACACCUCUCUCUCUCUUGUUCUCCCUCAGUCAUCCUGGGGCCUCUCGGGACUGUUGGCAUCUUCCGGUUAAUCCUCUGGAUAUCCAUCCCGGUAUCCAUGGUUAAAUCUCUUAUCAGUCUCCUCCACCUGGUCACCGCCUCCUGUAACAUGGCUUCCCUUGACUGCGCUGAGCGCUCCAAGAAGAAGUGAAACCUGGGCUGAGACUGCAGCUUCCAAGCCAGACCGAUUAAAUCCUAAAGUAUCCCAUGUUCUGCUGCUAAGUGUUUAUUCUGUGUAUUCCAAGCAGUAUAUCUGGUUAUCAUCAUCACUGCCCAGGAGCUGGUCCGCCGCGCCACCUGGUAGUGAGAAAUAAAAUCACCUGUUGGGGCUGGGUGGUAUAUUGGGGGUUUAUGCUUGGUUAUAAUUUUCAGGUUGGUAUAAAAGCUUUUGGGGCAAAAGGGGUUAAAUAUCUUUCCUAUGACUGUACCCUCCAUGUGGAAACAAGGGGUAUUUACUUAUAUAAUGCAAUACAUCACAGAGCAGAUUGAUAUCCAUGUACGGCCCCAGCAUCGAUGUCUGGGUAGCACAGAAUUCACGUUUCUGGAAACAAACUUUUAAGAUAAAAUCUGGGUUUGUUUUUGGUUUUCUUCUUUCAGUAUCACUGAAUUAAAUUUUUUGUUAUUUAUGUAAUUUGUGUAUGUGUUUUAAUUCUCCAUUUUUGUAUUGUAACCUUGAUGUAUUUUGUUCAUUACGUGGGGAACAAUUUAUGUUGUUGUUGUUGUUAUAAACUUUAUUUCCAGAAAACCUCUGUGUCCUGCUGUGCACCCAGAAUCCUUUGCCCCUGCAUUGAUGUAGGUGUUGGCAGCCACUGUAUGUUUAAGGGUGAACAAGCAAGGGCCGAUAGCAGCCAAGUGUUUUAUUAUUUCCCAAAAGCAGGUUAGAAUUUUGCCUUUUAUCUACAGUAGCUCCUGUUCUAAUUUUCCUUCUCUUUAUGCAAAUCUUACUUUUUUCACAAUUCCCAGUUCCUGUAAAGUUUGUCAACUCAGGGAGAAAAGUAACUGACAGCAAGAGGACCAGCAUUGGCUGCGAUACCUCAGCCACUUCCUGUCCCUGCAGACAUUACUGUAGAAGGAGAUCCUGGGGUCUUGCUCCAACUCAAGGGUCAUUUCAAGAGUUUUUUCCUUUUUAAUAUAAAAAACACAAUGUGUAUAUAUAAUUUUUUCCAAGUUCGUUAUCUUCAUAAAGCAUUAAAAACAUACGGGACAACUACUCGCAGAAGCUACUUUAACUGAAAUAAAAACACAAUUUGUGUAAAAGAUACUCGGGGGGGUUGGGGGGGGGGGGGUUAUUUAUCAAAUUGUGAAUUGGAACCUAAAUGACAAACUUUAGAGCUGAUUUAGAAUAAAACCAAAAUCACUUAAAACGUCGCUGUAAUUCUGAAUAAUCCCCUUGUUUCCCUGUUGCUGUGUGCACAGAAUAUUGUGUUAGGGAUACCCGAGGGCUGUGUUAACCCACACACGGUCACAUUUCCAGCCACUGAAUGUGGUUGUCCUAUUAUUUCUUUCUUAUUUUUUCUAGAAUUCGAAUAAAUCAGGGAUAGCGUAAUAAACCGAUAGCACAAACAGCUGCAGAAGUGUUAACUUAUUCAUAGAAAUGACAUCAUAUGGUCCAUCAGACCUGUUUAAAAUCCACAUUGGGCAUUUAACGGUUAAGACAAACGGCAUAAUAUGUUCUAUGGUAAAUCAUGUACAUUAAUUGUUUUAUUCACUGUAUCACUUGCUUCCUCUGUGUUCCCCAUAUUUAUGAUAAAAUGUAAUAAAUAUGCAAUGAUACCCAAGACACGCGUGUUAUCUGUGAUUGUGUGUGUGUGUCUACAUACAGUGUUCUAAAACUUGCUUUUAAAACUUGCACCGUGUUAAAUUUAACCCUUAGAUUUUGUAAAUGACGAGUUCCUUGACUGGCUAAAAAAAUAUUUUUUUAAAUCUCAAUUUAAGCCAUACAGCCAGAGUUCAAUGAAAAAUGUCCUACUCAAAAUAACUAUUUUGGGACACACAAGGCUAUUCAGUAAAGUCUGCAAGGUUUUCCAUCGGCUACUUUGACCUGAAGUUUGAUAUUAACUUUGAAUUCCCAGAAGGUGAUACUUAACCCCUUAAGGACCAAACUUCUGGAAUAAAAAGGAAUUAUGACAUGUCACACACGUCAUGUGUCCUUAAGGGGUUAAAGGGACACUCCAGGCACCCAGACCACUUCUGCCCAUUGGAGUGGUCUGGGUGCCAUCUCCCACUACACUCUCAAGUGUAAU